AUGCUGCAGUCUCGGUUGCACGUGUCAACGCUGGCAGCAGACCGGUGCGAACGUCACAUUCCUACAUUCCCCUUUUCCUCAGAGUGGGACGUCGGAGUUGCCACCACAAAGCUAAUCUCCGAGUCACAAUCUCGCAUUGGAGCACCGGUUGCCAUGGAAAACUCAUCAGUGGCGUCUGCAUCGUCUGAGGCUGGGAGCACACGCUCACAGGAAAUAGAAGAGCUGGAGCGCUUCAUCGACAGCUACGUGCUGGAGUAUCAGGUGCAAGGGCUUCUGGGAGACAAGGCAGAUGGGGAGUUGGAUUUGGACAAUGGCGGCAAGGUGCCCCAGUGGACUGAUGACUCCAUCGACAAGGGAGAUGGCAGCUGGACAUCAUCCCAAGGCAGAGGCUCGUCUAAACCUGAUGAUUGGGAGCACAGCAGCAAUGGCAGUACAGGUUCCAGGCCCAGCUCAGGGUCCAGACCCGGGUCUGGCUCACGCUCUGGCAGCAGAGGCCGAAACAACCAGUUCAAAGCUCCUGCUAAGAAUGGAAACAGAGAGGGCUCCCUUGACAUCCUGGGGACAGAUAUAUGGGCUGCUAACACAAUGGAUUCUCAUGGUGGUGCAGGUUGGGACGUGCAGCCAGAGAAGCUAGACUUCAGCCAUUUCCACAGGAAACACCUCAGAGGAAUGCCAAAGCACCUGCCACAUAUUGACAGAGAGGGGAUGAGUAAAAACAAGUUCACAGAAGAUGACGGUAUAGACAUGAACGACAUAGAGAUGUUCCUACCUCAUCUUCGCUCAGUCUUCCCGCCCCUUCCUAACGAGGCUGAGAUCGCACACACCAAAAAGCUCUUCCGACGCAGGAGGAAUGACCGACGUGCAUUUGAUCACCUCACCCAAGACCAGUUAACCAUACUUCUGCCCACUGGCCCAGGGGGAAAACGACGAGUCUCAGCCAGGAGGCAGCAGCGACCUCAGGGAGGAGGAGGAGGAGGAGGAGGAGGGGGGGGGAAGAACCAGCUUCAGCAGAUACAACAGCAGUCACCUCAGCAGCAGAGGGAUCAAAACCAACAACAGUCUCCAAACCAACCACAGCAGAGUCCAACAGAACUGGGAGAGAGCAGAAACAAUAGCGCUGGUCGGCCGCCUCGCCAGUACCAAGGAGGUCAUGGGCAGCGCCCGGGCGGAGCCCCACACCAUGGGUACAGCCAGAACCGGCGCUGGCACCACAGCCAGAAAGGCCAGGGACAAGGACAGACUAACACUACAGGUGAUAAAGGAGGAGUACCACCAAGAACAACCAAAGAGACUGAGAGCGUGAAAGCCGGUGAGGAGCAGAUCAGACCACUCCAGGAGAGCGGCAGCAGGAAUCCCAACGAAGUACCAAAACCCGACUCCGCACCCAGCACAAAUGCCUUCCCAGAAAUGACGGUUUAUAAGGAAUCUACAAACUCAUCACACAGUUGGAAGGCAAGCGACAGUCGGUCCGAGUGGCCCAAGAUCAGCCUUCUGCAGUCGUCGAAGGAGAGGCUGAGGCGGAGACUAAAGGACAAGGAAGAGGCGCGUGUGGAGCACUCAGGGUCCAGAUCACAGAACAUGGACCGGCUGGUGGAGCUCCUCAACAGCAUGAGGAGCAACAGCAGCGGGGUGGAGCAGCAGCUGGCCUCUUUCAUGGAGGAGGCGCAGUGCUCGGCCCAGUGCGAAGAGACGCUGGCUCAGGUGGUCAGCACCAUCUACUCCAAGGCCGUGUCAGACAGGAGCUUCGCCGCAACGGCAGCUAAACUUUGUGACAAGAUGGCGCUGUUCAUGGUGGAAGGAACCAAGUUCAGAUCUCUGCUUCUCAACAUGCUUCAGAGGGACUUUUCCCGCCGUGAGGAGCUCCAGCAGUCUGAUGUGGAGCGGUGGUUGGGUUUCAUCACCUUCCUGUGCGAAGUAUUUGGCACCAUGAGGAGCAGCUCUGGCGAGCCAUUCCGGGUGCUGGUGUGUCCCAUCUACACUUGUCUUCGAGAGCUGCUAGAGUCAACAGAUGUUAAGGAAGAUGCAGUCCUCUGUUGCUCCAUGGAGUUGCAGAGCGCGGGGCGUCUCUUAGAGGAGCAGCUCCCUGAGAUGAUGACGGAGCUGCUCGCCGCUGUCAGGGACAAGAUGCUUUGUCCAGCCGAAUCGCAGCUGACUCGCUCCCUGCUCAUGGAGGUCAUUGAACUGCACGCACAUCGCUGGAGCCCCCUGGAGGCCCUCACCACCCAAUACUACAACCGUACCAUCCAAAAACUCACCACCACUGCCUAGUUGAGACAAGCCCCCUUGGUCAUUUUAGCUUUUACGGAAAAAAGUAGUUCCGUUUUUUGUUUUAUUAUUUAGCAUUUUGCCUGAAUAAAUAGGUGAUUUAUGCAGCAUUUGAGCUUGAUCAUAAUUCCUUGCGACAGGGGACCACUGCCACAAAACAAACCGCAUACAAAGUAACAAAACAGGCAUCUCUGAGCCGUCAGUGGAACACCACGUAAGUGUUAUUUCGGCGCUAACAGCCGCACGGCCAGCAGGGGCGUGCUUGGCCACACAGUCUGGGAGCUCCGCCGGCUUUGGCUGCCGAGGGAUAAAGGAGGGAACAGAGGAGAGGGGUCACGCAGGGGAGAGGGGGGUGAGGGCAGCAGCCUGUCCACGGGGAAUGGAAAGAUCUGUGCCCGAAAGAUGAAUGGAGGAGGGAAGGGGAAGGGGGUCAGGGUGGUCUGUGUCAGUCUCUUCAUUGUGCUGAUUUGCCAAGCCACCCUCUCCUCUCUGUGUCUCCUCCUCCUCCUCCCCCCCCCUGCCUCCACUGUCUCUCUGCUAGCCCCUGGGGUCUG